AUGGAGUCUAAAAAAUCUUCCAAUAAGAUAACUAUCUCAAGAAGUGCUUUAAAUAGAAACAACAUGCCUUUCAUUGCACCCCCUCAAGCUCCUGUAAUUUCAUUCGCUGAUGACGAAGUUAUCCAAAUCACUCAUUCCUCCGAAGAAGCAAAAGCUGCACUUUCAAAAAACGCGAAAUUAAACCUUUCGAUGAGGUUUGCCAUGAACUAUUUACAGUUGAACAGCAGAGAGAACCAAGAAAUCCCAUGCGAGCUUAUAUUAGAAGCUGUUGACGAAGCUGGAACAAGCAACCCUAAUGCUUCUAGAGGAAGGCCAGGGGUCGAUAUCGUCUGUGCAAUCGAUAUAAGUGGCAGUAUGAGAGGCUCAAAGCUCGAUCUCGUUAAAAGAACCCUUGAAUUUAUGAUUGACAAGCUCAGCGAUAAUGAUAGAGUUUCUCUUGUAACGUUCAAUAACCAAUCCAAGAGAUUAUGCCCAUUAACUGCAAUGACUCCACAAGGAAAAGGCAGACUCAGAGCCAUUGUGGGCCAAAUUCAAGCUUUUGCUGGGACUGAAAUUGUAGAAGGCCUAUUAACUUCGUUAAAUAUUUUGGCACAAAGAAGAAUCACGAAUUCAGUUUCAUCGAUUGUGCUUUUGUCUGAUGGAAAUGAUAAUAACACUCAUAGCGCUAUGGGAAGAACUAAAUCUGCAUUAAUUGAAGUAGGUAGCCUUAUAUCAUCAGGAUAUUCAAUCCAUACAUUUGGGUAUGGAGCAGACCAUGACCCUAACCUCUUAAACUCUAUGGCUGAAGAAAAAAAUGGUGGCUUUUAUUUUGUGGAAAGAGAUGAACUUAUUGGAGAAGCCUUUUCUAGCUGCUUAGGAGAGCUUAUUUCUGUGGUUGCUGACAAUGUACAGAUUUCUUUACAAACAUUGCAAACUGAUAUAAGAUUUGCUUUGACAAAAGUUUAUAGUGAAAGCGGUGACCAAAGCUUCAGGUUUCCACCUAUUUUAUCUGGCGAUAAAAAAGAAGCAAUUUUUUUACUUAACUUUUUCCCUACAAUUGAUGCAGUGCCAAAGGGUCAUCAAAUUCAGCCUGUGAAAGCUACUGUUCAAUAUAGGCUUACAAGGUCUGGCCAUGUUAUAAGAGAAGAAUCAUUUUUGCAGAUACCGAUUAUUAAUGAAAGCGAAAUUGUCAAUGAAAUUGAACUUGAUGAAGAUGUGAUGGUCAAUUUUUAUAGAGUAAAGGCUGCAGAUAUACUUAAAGAAGCGGGAGAAUAUGGGGAGCGAAAUAACAUGGAAGCGGCGAGAGAAUGCUUGUUGAGAGGAGCUAAUGAACUGAAAAAUUGUGUGGUAGCUGGGCAUGAAGUUAUUCAGGUGCUGAUUUCUGAUCUUGAAAAAGCGGUGAAUAGGUUUGUAAGUGUGGAUGCGUGGGAACAUGGAGGAAAAGCUGAAAUGAAAAGCAAAGCAAGGAACCAUUGGGCGAAAAGAGGGCCUGAUGUAGCUUCAUAUCAAAAUUGUGUCCAGAAAGCGUUUAAUCUUGAAUCUAAGAAUUAUUAUUAA